CGUUCAUCCACGACAGAAGUGCUGGUGUUACCAAUGGCAGCGUCUGAUGGGAGCGCCAACACAAGCAACAGCACCCUCGAUUUCCCUGCUGCCUGCUUUUCUGCUGACUGCUCACUGGGCGGCUGCUGCCAUGGCGGAGGCGGGAAGGAGCAACCCGAGGGCAAACAUGACGUUAACAGGACGCGUCCGAAGACAAGGGGAAAGGGCAUUGUCCUUGUAUCAACGGAGCGAGAGGCAUCUAAAGGCUCGGGAAACGCGUCGGGAAACAGGAAUGAUGAUAAGGCCGCGUCAGGCAAUUUGCUCCUGACGGAAGAGGGCCAGGGAGGGGAGGCUCGUGUUCCUUCGGGGGUUGAGUCUCCGAGAAAUGCUCUGUCCCCGGAGGUCGGCUCCUUCGGUCUCCUGGUCAGCUCUCCAAGCAAGAGCCGCGUCGUUGGAGACACAGACAUUCCAGCCAUGGUGUUCCUGAGGACGGACGCUUCCGAUGUGUAUUCUUGCUUGCUUGCUCAAGUCCUGUCGCGGGGACGUCCACCGACUCCAUCCACCCAGAGAAACACGGCGGAAGCGCAUGCGACCCCGGCCCGUGCGACCGCUGGCCUGCCACUUGGUGAUCGUUGCCCACGCGAUCUCAGCGUCGUUUGCCUUACGCGGGGUCGCACUGUGGCUUCUCGGCAGGACUUCCCAGAUAGGACGACGCCCUUUAGUGUCCACGCCGUCCACAGUGCCUGUAAGUUUGCGCCGCCUUCUCCAGUGUCACCCGGGCCUUUGAAUAUUGCCUUCUGUCCAGCCGGAUCUAGGUCCAGUUCGGUCACAACUGCUCCUCGACGUCCCACAACACAGCCGGCCCUCUCUCGCGUGCCUGAAUGUUUCAACCCCGAGACACCUACUGGGGACAUCCAGUCAGUCAGAAGGACAUCAGCUAGAAGUACCAGAACAGGAAGGACAUCAAAUAAGAGGACAUCAACCGGAAGGACGUCACCAGGAAGAAAAAGACGGAGAACCAUUCCACGCCAAAACGUCUACACGGAGUCCGACCUCAUGAACUUUCCUUCCUUCCUGAAGACGUCGCUGGCUUGGUGGACCUUUUCUCGCAGCCGACUCCCUAAGGCUUCAGGGCGGGGUCUCUUGGCCUGGUGCUUGUGGGCGGGCGUGUGGGCGUCGCUCUUGGUCGGGGGCGCCUCCGUCAUCCCGUCCUCCAACACAACCUUCGCCCUGCAGAAGUACCAGGCUGAUAGAGCUCGAUGCUUGGGUCCUGGCCGAUGCGACGAAACGUGCCCUCCUGAAUACUAUAAGCACGAGGAAAACGGCUGUCUGACGGAGGACGAAUGUCUCAAUUUGCAACAGCUGCUCUACCACACGCCCGAAGGCAACUAUUGCGUCAUCACUUGUCCGAAACAUUACGAGACUGAGGGAAACACGUGCCGGAAGUCAGAGGUAUGUCGAAGCAAGAGGAUUGUGAACAGAGUGAGCAACUUGCGGAGUCUGGCCGGUUGCAGAGUCAUCGAGGGCAACGUGCAGAUUGUUUUGAUCGAAGGGGCAACCGAAGAGGACUGGAAGAACUGGUCCUUCCCUGAGCUUGUCGAGAUCACCGAGUUCCUGCUGGUGUACCGGGUGAGAGGCCUGAGGUCCCUGGGUCAGCUCUUCCCCAACCUGAGCGUCAUCCGGGGCAGCGUCAGGCAUCAGGGUUACGCCCUUAUUGUCUACGGCGUGAAUGAUCUGGAGGUCAUCGGCCUGUACUCCCUCACGAGGAUCCUCAAGGGAAGCGUCAGGAUACAGAAUAACUUCCACCUGUGCUACGUCCACACCGUCGACUGGUCGCUGAUCACAGGGCUUGGAGCGGAGAACAUCUUCAAGAAUAACAAUGAAUACCUAUAUCCACUGUGUGACGAGAGCUGCCCCGAGCGAAACAACCUACGACGGUGUUGGGAUAGCACACACUGUCAGCGUGUAUGCCCUACGGAGUGCCAAGGCGAAUGCACGGACACGAAUGAGUGUUGCCACGAUUUCUGCGCAGGAGGCUGUUCGCGUGCCAAUAAGGCCGAAUCUUGCCAUGCCUGUAAGGACUACUCGCAGGGCCACACGUGCGUCCGUACUUGUGGCAAGGGAUAUUAUAAGUACGGCGGGUACAGGUGCGUGACCAUGGGCGUGUGCGUCAAGAAGCUGCACGGAAUUCUCUUGCACAAAUCUGGCGACGGGAUGGACGAGUGCGUGGACCAGGGGGAGUGUCCUGCGAAGUACUACAAGACGGAAGAGGACUACCUUGGGGUUAAGCAUCCCACGUGCAAGAAAUGCGAAGCACCUGGAGAGAACUGUGCCAAAAAGUGUUCAGAACUCUUAGUGAACACCAUAGCCAAGGCCCAACAGCUCAUGGGAUGUACGAAGAUCGAGGGUCGUCUCAUCAUUAGCAUCACGGGCGGCAAAGCCAUCGCCAAAGAGCUGAACGCGAGUCUCGGGAAGAUCGAGGUGGUGACCGACUACAUCCGGGUCUUCAGCUCGAACGCCCUCCGCUCGCUCAAUUUCCUCAAAAGUUUACGGGUCAUCGGGGGUGCCAGUCUUUACAACGAUAAGUACGCCCUCUAUGUCCAUGGAAAUGAUAAUCUGGAGGAAAUCUGGUCUUGGGACGACCACAAAAAUUUCACCAUUACGGAGAAAAAGGCCUCGGUGCUCUUCCACUCGAACCCCAAGUUGUGUUACAAGAAGAUCAAGGAGUUGCUCGAGAGGACCGACCGCGUGGAAAUGACGGCGGAUUGCAACAUGAACUUGACGAACGGCAACAAGGCAGCGUGUAUGGACAAGACCCUGGACUUGUACCUCACACCCCUCGCUCUCAAAGGCACAGUCAACGUAAGCUGGAACACCGUCUUUAUCAACGACGACGACCGGAUGCUGACAGGAUACUACAUCUUCUACAAGGUCGCCUACGAGGAGAAUGUUACCUAUUUGGAUGGUCGGGAUGCCUGCCAUGACGACUGGUCCAGAAAAUACGUGGAGAACAAAGUCUCCGACGGUUACAUCAUACAAAUUAUCGACGACUUGGAACCGGCGACGAAAUACGCCAUUUACGUCCAAACUGACACUGUGGUUGACGCGGCCAUCGGAGCGAGGUCGAACAUCAGCUACAUUACGACCUUGCCGUUCAACCCAAGCAAGCCCCCGAAUGUCAAAGUGACAGACAAGACGGACAGAUCCAUGACAGUGAUGUGGAGCACCCCGGUCUCGCCCAACGGAGAGAUCGACCAGUACAUCGUGACUGUGAAACUCCUGCCAUACUUAGACGACUCGGCUCCUGCCUCCUGUUCGCAUGACGAAAAUAUGCUGAGAGCGCCGAAACUGCCUAUUGGGAAGAUGCUGAUUGGCUUGCGACGCAGUAGCAGUAGCAGCAGGCAGAAGAGAAGCAUCAACGGGACGGACGGUAGUGAUGGCCAUAACCAGCUUAUCCAACUACUUAAUACAUCAGACUUGGAUCCGGCACUUUAUCAGGACCUCAUCAACAUAUCAAACUCUUUGCCAAUUGUUAAGGAGCCCCAGCAUACGCCAAGCGACUGUGAAUUCGUUGAGGAUUCGCCCUACUGCCGCGACCCCGACCAGUGUCUCUCUCACGGGGCGGCCCGCUGUUGGAGGGAUGCUGCCCGGCUCUUGCAAGGUGAAGGUGGAUCGAUUGUGAAGAAUACAUCGGAGUUGAGUUUGACCAUCACGGGGCUGCAUCACUUCACCAUAUAUGAGAUUAAGGUUGCCGCGUGCCACCGCCCUACCACCGCCUGCCCACCCGGAUCCAACAUGAAGCAGUGUGUGUUGUGUUCGCUCAAUCCCAAAAUUAUUACCGAUACAACGGACGCGAAAGCUGGUGCGAACUUGGUCACGGGGCUGAGGGAAAUCAACACAAGCAGAGAGAGCAUCAAGAGCUUCACCUGGACGAGGCCAGCGGAGCCCAACGGGAAGGUGGUGGCGUACAAGGUCAAGAUCCUGCCCAUGGAAACGAUUGGGCAUAUCAAAACUCCGUGUAUCAGCGAGAGGGAAUUUGUCGAGAGGAACAUGACCUUCCACCUCAACAUGAGCCAGCUGCUUCCAGGACGUUACAACUUAAGCGUCGAGACCUACACGAGACCAGACUCCCCCUCGAAUAAGUCCUUAGAGGCUGUUAUCUUCGUCGUUGAGGGAGGACCAGACACCCCCUUGCACUUGAAACUCCUGGCCGUUGCUCUCCUGGUCGGCGUGGUCCUCGUGGUAGUGUUGGCUCUUGUCACCCGAGUCUGCACCAGGCCGGACGAGAAGAUUGUGACGACGCUGAAUCCAAUAUAUGCGCAGGAAUCCGGACUCCCGGCGUGGAUCCAGCACGUCUAUGACAUCAUAGGAAGUCAGGAUAUCAUCGAUUCCUCCGACCUGCACGUAGAAGAAGGACCUCCGCUCGGGGAGGGGAAAUUUGGCCUGGUCCUCGACGGUCGCUUGCGCCGCGAAGCCAAAAACAUCCCGGUGGCCGUGAAGCAGGUGACGGAUUUCCAAGCCAGGGAGGACAUACUGCAGGAGGCUAAGUUGAUGCUCAAACUGAACUGCUAUCACCUGGUACGGGCCUAUGGGGUUGUGCCAAAAGCCACUCACAUCCUGCUGGUGAUGGAAUACAUGAACUGGGGAGACUUGCUGAGGUACAUCAGGUCGCGGAAACCCCCGGAUGACGAUAUCUUAUCUGUUAUCACCAUCGAUCACGUCUGCGCCAUGGCCGUGCAGAUAGCGGAUGGCAUGGCAUAUCUGGCCAGUCACAAAAUCGUCCACAGGGACCUCGCCGCUCGGAACUGCCUCAUCAACGACAACAUGAACAUUAAGAUUUCAGACUUCGGCAUGGCGAGACUGACCGAUAAUGACUACUAUAGGAUACGCGAGAGCAAGUAUUUCCCCGUCCGCUGGCUUCCCCCCGAGUACCACUUGAAGUUCACCAGCCAGAGUGACGUGUGGAGUUACGGCAUCGUGUUGUGGGAGAUUCUGUCAGGAGGAGCCCGGCCGUAUGAGCACCUGACGAAUGACAGCGACGUCCUGCAGCAGGUGCGUCGUGGAUACACCCUAGAGACCCACAUCCCUAAGGGCACGCCGUCAUUCCUGGCGAAGAUCCUGAUCAGCUGCUGGCGUUACAAGGGCAGCAUGAGGCCGUACUUCCCGCAGCUGGUGGCUGCUCUUCUGCCCAGCACGUCUCCUUGCUUCAUACAGCACUUCAGAAUGGUGUCCUUCUACCACACUGCAGACGGCCAGGAGUACAAGCGUCAGUUGGAAACCCAGCAGGACGUGGACGAGGAUAGCGAUAUCACUUCACCCCUUAACGAGUCUUCACCCUCACCCUUCUGCCACCCUAUCAGACAAGACGGCCCUCCACUCCCUCCCAGGCCUCUCACGGGCACGAGGUGGCGGCCCUCGUUCCGCUUUCGAGGGGCAACAGUGCCAAGGUACACUCAGCAGCCGACUCACUUGCCUGUCACAGAUUUAGAGAGCCUCACCUUAAGCCAGCAAGUUCUGUCCUCAAACAGAGAGAGGGGCGCCACUUCCCCUUCUCAGAAUGUCACUUCGACACUUGUGGAUCUGACCACAUCUGAGUCCCAGGAAGAGAGUGUUAGAAAAAACGUUAAGACGAGCCCGUUCCACAGUUCAGAGACGGACGUAGUGGCGAUGAACACACAGACGCCAAAAGUUCUGCAAACACCACUGUCUGCUACCACAGCCAAUCCCAGUAACGUGGUUGUUCAGUUGAACAGUCGUGGUUCAACUUCCACUUCUAUUGCAUCUUCCGCUGACCUUCCCGGUAGUCCAAGGAAGCUGGAAAUUACUCUUCCCAACUUUAAGUGUUCAAAAAAGAUGUCCGAUAUUAAGCCUUCCCCAUGUUAAUAUGCCAUAAAACUUGAAAGCUCAAUACAAUGCCUCAUAAUAUAUAAUUAUUCUAAGGAUUAUUGUUGUUGUUUGCUGUAGUACAAGUGUUGUAGUAACUAGAAUUGAUAGAUUAUUUAAUGAUGUGUAGAUACAACUUCAGAGUCUUGCAAAGCACCUUGUUUGUCAGCAUAUAAAGUACGUGCCUUUCAGAUAGUUGUAUUGCACUGAAGCAUUUGAUUUACAGUAUUAUAACUGACAACACAUUUCCUAAUUUACAAAAUAGGUUGCGUAUAUCAAAUUUGAUAUAUACAAAUCGUUAUAUAUGUAUAUUUGAACCCAACAGUACUUUUUGACAGAAAAAUAAGAUUGAAGACCAAACGCUGCCUCAUAUGCAAGAAGGAGGAAUAAUAUCCAUAACAUAGUUCGAACGUAAACAAUUUUCAUUAAGUAUGAAAGGAACUUGUGGAUGAUUUAUAGUUAUACUGUAUUUAACAGAAGACCCAUUCAAAAGACGAGAUAAAUAAAGGGGUGCUACCUUUUACAUGUUUUAUAUUUUUGAAUAUAGUAGAUUGAUUAAAGAUAAGGGAAUGAGAAAUCUAUAGUUUUGUAUGAUCUGAGAUUGAUAUGUUAUCUAAGAGUCUAAUGACAUGUUUAUAAAGAGAUACUUAACAUUAUGACAUGUAAGUGAAUACUUUGCAAAUUAUGUAAAAGCAAUUAAUCUUGUCAUUAGAUUGUAUCCGUUGACAAUCGACGAUCUGAUAUUCUUAUUUUAUAUAAUCUGAACUACAGAUCUUUACUUAAAGUAUAUGACCAACUUCUUCAGUCAAUAAACUAUUUUUUCUUUUGACUUUGUAUAAAAUGGGUGUAUGAUUUGUUAUAUAUGUAAAAUUAAUAGAUAUCAUUUAUGUUUACUUUCAGGAUGGGUAUUAAAGUUAGU